AUGACCACCCACACAAAUGCCCGCGUCGGUGUCGCCGUCUUCAUCUUCAACGGUCACAACGAAUUUAUUAUCGGUCAGAGAAAAGGCAGUCACGGUGCUGGAACCUGGGCCCUCCCAGGCGGACAUCUCGAACUCAACGAGUCAUUCGAGACAUGCACAGAGCGCGAAAUCCUCGAAGAGACAAAUCUCAAGGUCCAAGACAUCCGUUUCUUGACUGUCACUAACGAUAUCAUGAAAGCCGAGGGAAAGCACUACAUUACUGUGGUAAUGGGGUGUAAGCUUUGUGAUGUUGAUGCGCAGCCUGAGCUCAUGGAACCCAACAAAUGCAGCGGAUGGGAAUGGACAACCUGGGAACAGCUACGAAUGGAUUAUUAUGCUGGAAAGGGUCGUCCUUGGGUUGAGAGAAACUCUCGGAAGUUAACACCAGCAGCUGCCUACGAUGAGGCUGUCUUUUCUGAAAAAGGAGAGAUUAUUCCUGAGAGUGAUUCGAUGGAGGUGGAUGAAAGUACCGAGAUUAUUUAUCCUCCCACUCGACAGCUCUUUCUUCCUCUGGUGAAUCUGUUUGAGCAGAGGGGUGGCUUUGAUCCUGUUGCGGAUUAUUGGAUUGCAGAUUAG